AUUUUGCUUCGAGAUGCACGUCACGUUAAGGUUGAAUUAAGCUUGUUUACAUUUACUAGUCUAACAAAAGGUUGGCUGAGUGGACAAGAAGAAAAGAUAAAAUCGUGGAAAUAUAGCAUUCUUCGUUACAAUCCCUGUUAUUCUAACCUGCCGAGACAAUUCUAAGAUGUUUCACAUUGGUCGUAGUGGACAGGAAAGGGCGGGAAAAGAUAGAUUUUUGGAAAUGGAGAAUAAAGAGAUUUUAACAGUUGUCCAACCAACAGACAAUUUAGCGACGUUCCAUGGUGGACAGGACAAGACAGACCCUGAACAACUUACAGACAACUUAGAGAUUGUCCACGGUGGACAGGACAAGACAGAAACAAAAAUGCUUUCUGAUACUGAAAAUAAACUUACAGUCAUUCCUCUUGAUAAGACUAGUACAAACCAACUGAUGAACAGGGAUGGGUUAUCAGAAACGAAAAAUAAAGAGAUUUUAACAGGUAUCUCCCCUGACGACAAACCUACAGACAAUUUAGAGACAAUCAACGGUGGACAGGACAAGACAGAAAAAAAGAGUCGCAUUAUAAAACCUAAAGGUAAUGAACGUUUUAAAUGUGGAAUGUGUGGUGUGGAUUUCAGUAAAAAUAAAUACCUACAGCAACACAUGGGGAUACAUACUGUUGAUAAACCUUAUAAAUGUGACGUUUGUGGCUCAGUAUUUCGUAUGUCAAAUCUCUUACAAAAACACACAAGAACACAUACUGGUGAUAAACCAUACAAAUGUGAUAUAUGUGAUAAGGCAUUUAGACAGAGUUCUCACAUGCGGACCCACAUGAGAACACAUACAGGUGAUAAACCGUGUAAAAUGUGUAAAUGUGAUGUAUGUGAAAAGGAAUUUAGUCAGCGUCCUGACUUAACGAGACAUAUGAGAACACAUACUGGUGAUAGACCUCAUCAAUGUGAAAUAUGUGAUAAAACGUUCACUAGGAAGGAACACUUACGACUACACAUGAGAAUACAUACUGGCGAUCUACCAUUUGCGUGUAAUGUAUGUGGUAGAGGUUUUAAUUAUAAAAUCGACGUUGAACGACACGCAAGCAGGCAUUCUAAAUGUGUUGAAAGACCUUAUAAAUGUGAUAUUUGUGAAAAAGAUUUUAUUCUGAAACAUAACUUACAGAAUCACAUGAGAAUACAUACAGGCGAGAACCCAUAUGAAUGUGAAACAUGUGGUCAAACAUUUAGCCUUUCAAUUUUAUAUGCCAGACAUAUGACAAAGCAUAAUAAUAAGAAGGACACAUUAGUUUAGUUCAAAAUAAGCAAAAUCAGGGAUGUCAAGGCUGCCAUUCAUGCCAUUCUUACCUAUAUUUCUAAGGGAGGAAACUCUGAACAAAUUACCUUUUGUAUGGCCUUAUCUGACAAGUCGUAUUAAACAUUAUAUUAUAUAUUUGAUAUAUAUAGUGUUUAAUAAAUAGGAAAUUAUCAUUUAACUUUGAUGGUAGGGGUUUAUGCCAGCCUUUUUCGCUAAAAUAUAAUGCCAGCCUUUUUCGUUAAAAUAUAAUGCCAGCCUUUUACCAUGUUUACGCUAAAAUAUAAUGCCAGCCUUUUUCGUUAA